AACAUCUCGAUUCCCUAUCAUCUUUACCGACGUAUCCCAUCUUCAAAAAAUCAUCCUUCAUCUUGCCGUCGAUUCAUUAUACCGAAAACCUCAAAGACGCUUCAAUUUUACCUUUUAUUACGACCUUUCAACUCAUUAAUUCCGUCCCCCCAUUAAUUUCGUUCUUACUUUCGUUUGACGAUAUUGAACGUACUUCAGGUUUUAUUAAAAGUUAUCAUCCAGAUGAUACUGGUAUCAUUGUAAUAAAUAAAAAUUUUUCUGACAAUUCCUAUGAUCAAGCCUUGAAAAUGAAGGUUUUCAUAUCAUUCUAA